AUUCAGUAUGUUCUGUGGAGGCAAGCCAGUCGUACUACUUCUAGCAAUUAAAAAGCAGUAAAAAAAAUAAAUAUUUGUAUAAAUUUCCGACUAAAUAUUUUACAUAUUGGAUCAAUUUGGAAUAAAAUGGCUUCGAAGAGCGACUUAAAUGAUAGUGACCAGGAUACAAAUAAUAAUAUUGAUAAUAAUAACGACACAACUACGAAUGUUGAUGUAGAAGAUAAUUCUGACGUAAACGCAGAUAAGGAUAAUAUACAGGAAACAACAGUUGAGAAUAAUAUAGAUUAUAAUGAGAAUAAGAAUGAUAUUAUCGUAGAUAACAAGGAAAAAGAUACGAAAAUCGAUUUAGAAGAUAAUGAUAAUAAUAAGAGUGAAAAUAAUAUAACGAAUGAUACUCAUGUUGAGAAUGGUAAUCAAAAGGAUGUUGAGCAAAAGGAUGGCGAUAAAGAGCGGCCAAUCAGUCAUACCAGUGCUAAGCGCAAGCGUGUUGAGAUGGAUGACGAGGAGCCAUCCACUUCUGAAGCACCUAUCAAGAUCUUCAAAGUUUCAGAAGAUACGAAAUAUUAUAUCUUUGAAAACAAUAAGCGAAAUAAUGACCAGGAAGAAGGUGCCAAUCCCGACGUUGUGGAUGUUGUGAAGGAUGAGAAUGAAAUAAACAAAUAUUAGCUCAGUGACUUAAUUCAUGCAUUGAUUGGUUAAGUGUUCAAGUUAUUACUAGAACAUACAUAUUCAUUAAAAAAAUCUCAUAAAGCUUCUCUUA